CUCACUCUCACCUCCGCCGAAAGAGUCAUCAACAACGACGAUCUUUUCAAACAGAUCUUAAUUCGACUUCCCGCCAAGCCUCUCUUCUCUUUCAAGCGUGUUUCAAAGAGACGGCUUUCUCUCAUCUCCGAUCGCUCUGUCCUUCGAGACUGGAUUCCCCCAAUUUCUCCUUCCUCCUUCUUCCUCCGACGCUACUCAACUCCUUCCUCUCGCUCUAUCAAUUUCAAUCACAUUUCGUUACUUCCUUCCAAUUCAAUUCGAUCAUUCGAUUUCGUCAAUGACCCCAACGGGGUCAAGAUUUCCCUGUCCUGUAAUGGGUUGUUCCUCUGUUCUUCCUUUUGCUUCACUUUAGAUUACAGCGAUACUCGUUACUACCUUCUCAACCCCCACGACCAAAUACUUCUCCACCAUCCCUAGGCCCACCAAUGGGGAUGACCGAAACUUCGUUGUCUCAAUGAAUUUGGCUUUUGAUCCCUCUGUUUCAUUUCACCACAAGCUAGUUGCUCUCCGUUCCAAAAGAUUGUGCGGCCCUGAUUUUCAAACCGCCAUAUAUUCCUCCCAAACCCGAACUUGGACGUUUUCCGAGGUAUCAUAUGCUUACUCAACGCGUGUAGUAUUUGAAAAUGGAGUCUUUCUUAACGGUAAGAUUCAUUGGCCUAGUUGUCAGUCCGUAAGAUCAAUCUAUUAUGAUGUUAAUCAAGAUAGACUCUUCCCAUU